AUGGCGGCGAUUCAGGCGUGCGCGCGCGACGCGGAACAAUCCAGCAUGGAAGACAAGAAGUCGGACGGCGUGCACACCUCUACGGAUGCAUACGAUGUAGCUCCUCGCCUCGCGUCGUCUUCGUCGGUCGAGAUCGUGGCGACGGACGUGCGUGUGGUCGACUCGCAUGGCGAGAUGCAGCGAUGGCCAAUGCCCAGCUCGAGCGCACGCGAUCCACUCAACUUCAGCACCGCGCGCAAGCUCGGCAUCGUCGUCAGCUGUUGCUGGUUCUCGAUCUUUUCGCUCGCGCUCAUCGGAGGCCUCGGUCCGAUCAUGAGCACCUUUUACGCGCUCUACCACCAAGAGGGCGCGGAAAAGGUGACGUGGCUAAGCACCUUGCCCUCGGUCAUGGUGGGGCUGGGCAACUUGAUCGUUCUGCCGGCGUCGAUGGUAAUUGGACGCAGACCGAUCGCACUCGGUGCGUCGAUGGUUCUAGUAGCCGGCUGCAUUGGGUCAGCGUGUGCCCAGACGUUUGAACAGCAUCUCGCCACCCGAAUCGUCCAAGGUCUGGCGGCGGGUAUCUCCGAGUCGCUGCUCCCGCUCAUGAUCACCGAGAUCACCUUUGUUCAUCAGCGCAGCAUGAUCUUUGGCAUCUACUGGGCGUCGCAGAACGUCUUUUCGUCCGCACUCAACCUCGCCGGUUCGUACCAGGUGGCUAGCAUGGGCUGGCGAUGGUUCUACUGGAUCUACGUCAUUGCGGCUGCCGUCGGCGUGGUGAUUGCGUUCUUCUUCCUCACCGAAACCGCCUACGAUCGUCCAGCUCAGCACAAGGAUGGAGUCUACUACGUGGUGGACAAGUUUGGAGUACACCAUGCUAUGACCGAAGAUCAGCUGCGUGUCGCACAGGCACAGGGACGAUUUCCCAACGCAGAGACGCAAGAUGCCGAGCAGGGCGAGCUAAGCUGGAUGGACACGCUCAAGCCGUGGUCGGGCGUUCAGCAGCCCGCACUGCGCAUUGCGGCACGGACGCUGUGGGAUGUGGUGCUGGCCAUGCUGUGUCCGUCGAUCAUGUACAUGGCGCUGCUGCUCAGCGUGAUCCUGGGCACAUCCAUCGCUCUUUCGCUGACGUAUUCCGAGGUGCUGAUCGCCGUGUACCACUGGGCACCCAAAAACGCCGGGCUGAUUGCGAUCGGUGGCAUGGUGGGUGCUUUCCUCGGCAUGGUCUACUCGGGUCCCAUCGGCAGCCGCAUCGUCAUGGCAAUGGCUAAACGCAACAACGGCGUUCUGCGUCCCGGUCACUACCUUGUUGUGGCCAUCGUCCCCGGUGUGUUUUCGUUUGCAUCUCUCAUGCUGUAUGCCUUUACGGCAUCGGGAGAAGCGACUUGGGCGGGGCCGGUGAUGGCGUGGUUCCUGAACCAGUUUGCUUUCACCAGCAUGCUGAUUGUCGGAUCGGCGUUCGCGUCCAUCGCCUACCCCAAGAACCCAGGCGCGGCACUGCUGCUCGUCGUCGGCGCCAAGAACAUCAUCAGCUACGGUAUCACCCAGGGCACCCUGCCUAUGGUCACGCAGCACAGUGCAAAGUGGGCCUACGGCGUCCUGGCGGCCGUCACGGCGGCGGCGUAUCUCGUGGGAAUCCCGUUCUACGUUUGGGGUGACCGCCUCGACAAGUGGGCCAUGCGCCAGCAGCAGCGUCUCUCCAAGUCGAGUUGA